CACACAUGUAGGAUCAUGAUUUCCACAGCAUCACAAGUGGAAAGAGAAUAACCUGCAGCUGUCAAACUGAGCUGCAGGAGGAUGAUCUCCACACAAGCAGCGGUGGCUGAUUAAACCUUUUCCUCAGUGGUGCCAUGAAGGUGAAGGUGAUCUCCAUCCUGGAGGACAACUACAUGUACCUGGUGAUAGAGGAGCAGAGCAAACAGGCCUUAGCUGUGGAUCCAGCUGUACCACACCGGCUGCUAGAAAUAGUGAAGAGAGAGGGUUUGUCUCUGACGGCUGUUCUCACCACACACCAUCACUGGGACCAUGCUCGGGGGAACGAGGCUCUGCUGAAGGACGUUCCUGGGUUGCGUGUGUACGGGGGAGAUGAUCGGAUCGGGGGCCUGACUGAUAAAGUCACAGACGCUCAGGAACUCAAGUUUAACUCCAUCAAUGUGAGGUGCCUGUUUACUCCCUGCCAUACCUCUGGUCACAUGUGCUACUUUGUUUGGGAGGAUGAGUGCACGGACGCCCCUGCUGUGUUCACAGGUGACACGCUGUUUAUCGGAGGGUGUGGUCGGUUUCUUGAGGGAACAGCAGAACAGAUGUACCACAAUCUGACCCAGGUGCUGGGCUCCCUACCUCAAGACACGAAGGUGUUCUGCGGACACGAGUACACCAUUAAGAACCUGAAGUUCGCCAUGCUGGUGGAGCCGGAGAACGAGAAGGUUAAAGAGAUGCUCAGCUGGGCCAGGGCAAGAGACGAUGAUGACAAACCCACAGUGCCAUCUACCCUAGUGGAGGAGUUUGAAUACAACCCUUUUCUUCGCCUCUCGGAGGAAGGAGUGCAAAAGUUCACUGGGAAGACCGACCCCAUCGAGGUGCUGCGGGUCCUGCGAAAGGAGAAGGACAAAUUUAAGAAGCCUAAGGACAGACUUCCUCCCCACGCCAUGCUGGCUUUGGAGUGGGGGCUUCUCAGACCCUGAGACCCAGACAUACUCAAUUACGAAGGACUCAUAGUUUGAAAGACUGAGGUAAAACACACGACUGCAGAGUGUGGUGUUUGUUGCUUUCAUCCUGGACUUAACCAAUUUAUAUUCCUGGGUGACUGGUUGACCCCUUAUAAAAGCCAGUUUAAAACCUUUCCUUUAGAAUUGUGCUCUCCCACUCUGUCAUGCACAACUAAUUUUCUUUAAUGUAUUUAUUGCUUCAUUAAUAUCUUAUCUGUUAUUCCAGUGGAAUAAUGAGCUUCAUGUCUUUGUCUGAAUGUAACUGACUUCCUUGAUAUCUACGUUUGCUUUCCUAAUGUUUUUUUCCUGUCUGGUAAACCUCGUCACUUCUGUGGUUGAAAGCUAGAAAAUUAAUUUUCUAUCUAAUACAAUUAAAAAUAAUUUCUCUGUCAUUGACAGUGGCAGGUAUGUGAUAUGUUAUAAACUCUGCCAUAAGGGUGGAGAAAGAUGCAGUGUACAUGACCAUGAAUAUGAAUUGUUGCGCAGGAGUGUACAUCCUCAUGUUCAGUUUAUA